CCUUAUAUGCUGGUUUGUGAUGGAGGACGGAGCGGAUCUGCUGCUUCUUUAGCCUCAGCUGGCUAAUUUUAACACCGUGAAGAAAAGGAACAAAUAAGAAAGUUUUGUAUUUAUCUAUAUAUUUUUUUUUAAAAACACAACCGACAUGGCGAACAAUAUCGCGAAGAAGGUGUCGUGGUCUGGAGAAGGGACGCCGCUUCUGAACGGGGCUGAGGAGAGCAGCAGAUACAGCGGGCAGCCAUCCGGAGGCAAUAUGUUUCACAUAGGCAGGAUGAGCACUGUGGAUCUGGAGGAGGAGGCGGCGAUCACGACAGAAGAGGACCCUUUGAGGCACAGACCGAGUGAGAUUCCACACAACGAGAAUCUCCUCUCACUCAAAUAUGAGAGUCUGGACUACGACAACAGCGAGAAUCAGUUGUUUCUGGAGGAGGAAAGGCGCAUGAGUUACAUGGGCUUUAGAUGUCUGGAGAUAAGUCGCUGGUUCAUUUGCGGACUCAUCGGCGUCCUGACGGGACUCAUCGCUUGCUUCAUCGACAUCGUCGUGGAGGAACUGGCUGGCCUGAAGUAUGACGUGGUCAAGGAGUACAUUGAGAAAUUCACUGAAGACGGUGGUCUGUCCAUCUCUCUGCUCCUGUGGGCGCUCCUGAACUCAGCCUUCGUCAUGGUCGGAGCCAUCAUCGUCGCUUUCUUUGAGCCCAUUGCUGCAGGAAGCGGGAUUCCACAGAUCAAGUGUUACCUCAAUGGAGUAAAGAUCCCAAGAGUCGUCCGGCUGAAGACACUGGUCGUGAAAGUGUGUGGUGUGAUCUGCUCAGUGGUUGGAGGACUUGCUGUGGGGAAGGAAGGGCCGAUGAUCCACUCAGGAGCUGUCGUGGCAGCCGGGGUGUCCCAAGGCAGGAGCACGUCUCUCAAAAAGGACUUCAAGAUCUUCGAGUAUUUCCGCAGAGACACUGAGAAAAGGGAUUUUGUGUCCGCCGGAGCUGCUGCUGGAGUUUCUGCUGCCUUCGGAGCUCCUGUUGGUGGAGUCCUAUUCAGUUUAGAAGAAGGGGCAUCUUUCUGGAAUCAGAUGCUCACCUGGAGGAUUUUCUUUGCAUCGAUGAUCUCCACCUUCACCUUGAACUUUUUCAUGAGUAUCUACAAGGGGAAACUGGGUGAGCUCUCCAACCCUGGUCUCAUCAACUUUGGCAUUUUUACCUUGGAAAGUGUGCAGUAUAAUCUCUAUGAGAUUCCUAUAUUCAUAUGCAUGGGAGCCAUUGGUGGCAUUCUGGGAGCGCUGUUCAACCUCCUCAAUUACUGGCUGACAAUUUUCCGAAUCAGGUACGUGCACCAGCGGUGCCUGCAGGUGAUGGAGGCCAUGCUGGUGGCUGCUGUUUCAGCCAGCGUGUCCUUCACCAUGAUUUAUUUCUCCAGCGACUGCCAGCCGCUGAAGACCGAAUCACCGGAGGAAUAUCCUCUACAGCUCUUUUGUGCUGAUGGCGAAUAUAAUGCAAUGGCAACGGCGUUCUUCAACACACCGGAGAGGAGUGUGAGGAGUCUUUUUCAUAGUCCACCUGGCACUUAUAACCUACAGACUCUGGGACUCUUCACCCUGACUUAUUUCUUCCUGGCGUGCUGGACGUACGGUCUGACCGUGUCAGCAGGGGUCUUCAUCCCCUCUCUGCUCAUCGGGGCAGCGUGGGGGCGACUCUGUGGCAUUCUGCUCCCCUUAUCGUCCCCCAGUAAAAUUUGGGCAGAUCCAGGGAAGUACGCCCUGAUGGGAGCCGCAGCCCAACUCGGAGGAAUUGUCAGAAUGACCCUGAGUCUCACAGUCAUCUUGGUGGAAGCUACCGGAAACGUGACCUACGGCCUGCCCAUCAUGCUGGUGCUGAUGACCGCCAAGAUUGUGGGGGAUUAUUUUGUCGAAGGCCUUUAUGAUGUACACAUUAAGCUGCAGAGUGUUCCUUUCCUUCACUCGGAAGCCCCUGCGACUUCUCACUUGCUGACUGCCAGAGAAGUCAUGAGCUCUCCAGUCACCUGCUUUAACAAAAUGGAGAAGGUGGGCACCAUCGUGGACAUCCUCAGUAUCACGACUACCAAUCACAACGGUUUCCCUGUGAUCAUACAGGCUGGCACCAGUGAUGAGCCUGGGAAGCUCUGUGGCCUCAUUCUCCGCUCUCAGCUCAUCGUCCUGCUCAAACACAAGGUGUUUGUGGAGAUGCAGCGCUCUCGACUUUACAAGCGUCGACUGCAGCUAAAGGACUUCAGGGAUGCGUAUCCUCGUUUCCCUCCCAUCCAGUCCAUCCACGUGUCCCAGGAUGAGAGAGAGUGCAUGAUGGACCUGACGGAGUUUAUGAACCCCACCCCGUAUACCAUACCCGAGGAAACAUCCCUCCCUCGUGUGUUUAAGUUAUUCCGGGCGUUGGGUCUCAGGCACUUGGUGGUGGUUGAUAAAGAUAACAGGGUCAUGGGUCUGGUGACCAGGAAAGAUCUGGCUCGUUACCACUUGGGCAAGUAUGGCCUGGAGGAGAUGGCCCUGGCUCAUCCGUGACCUUCACGUUCUGUCUGGCUUUACUGGUGGAAAAGCAGCUCCAUCACAUCGACUGGGUCUCAAGUCAGAGUACAUAAACCCCGAACUCAGUUUUAGACUUGGAACAAUCUCGGAUGUGACGAGCUGAGGAAACCUCAUGAUGCGUUUCAGUGUUUGAUGAAGCAGAUUGGCACAUUGUCAUGUCUCCUCCUUGACGUAUCUUCGUCUUUCGCAUCAUUCAGUGCUUAAACUAAGGGGUUGGAUCGUGAAAUAUACUUUCCUGUAUGUUUACCAAAAAAGCACAUGCGUUUGGUUUGCGUGUCAUCAUAUCUUUUAUUUAUUGCAUAGUUUUCAGGAAUACUUGCUGAAAUCUUGUAGGUCACGUCCCAAACUGCAUUCUACUGUAGCAUAAUGGAUGUUAUUUAUAUAGAGAUGGAUGGAUAAAUAUUUAGACAUCAUGGUAGUGUGCCAUUUAACAGGAAUGUCGCCAUGUUGGUCGUGUUUUACGUCUUCAUUUCAAUGUGCCUUCAAGGAUGACUGGAUCUUCGUCAAAGGUUUGGAUUCAGGUGGCUCUCAAAUGGCCUUAAGAUUUAUUCGAUGUCACGUCACUUUUUUUUUUUAAUCUACAAAGCCGUGGUUUAAAACGUCAGUCGUUUUGAAUGUCGUCGAUCUCUAUUGUAUCCUUCAUUCCAAAUCCUUUCUGUUCAUUGGAAAGCGUCACACGUAAGAUAAUCAUAUUCAUUUCAGUCCAUUCUGUGCCUAUCACAAGACAUGUUGUUUUUGCACACGACAACAUUUUAUGAUUAAUUCCACUUGUUCUUCAGUUAUUUUGCACAUGAAAGCUCACGAAAAGCACAUGGAUGACUGACUGGAUGAUGCAGUGUUUUUGUUUUUUUGAUUUUUUGCACUAAAAUAAAGAAAUGAACACGAGUGAAUCUGCCACUGAGGCCUUUGAUGCAUCGUGAAAAUUUGAUCUUGAUAUUGAACAGAUUUAUUUCAAGCAGUAUUUGAAUUCUUGACUUAUCCUUUAAAAUAUACUUUAAGUUAUUGUAUUUUCAUCUGACGUGAACGUGAUGAGCACUCGGUCCACCAUUAUUUCCUGUUCUGUACUCCAAACCAAAGGACAAUUAACCAUUUCUUUUCAUGCACAGCUUGUUUUAAACAAUAGAAUUUCCUUGGUUUAUUGAUGAGUUUUUAUAGAAUUUAAAUGUAUUUGUGAACUAAUAAACAUUGUAAAUCAGUUGA